AUGGCUUCCGCUAUCUCACAGAACAGCUUACCCGAGAAGAGCGUGCAAUCUGAUUCUCACUCCAAGCUAGAGAAAAGAACAAGCUCAGAGUCUUCCCUCGAAGGCUUUGAUGUCGUCGAAAAUCCCGCUAUGGAAGCGAGAGUUUGGCGGAAACUCGACUUGCGUGUUCUUCCAGUUGUAGCCAUGUUCUAUUUCUUGUCGUUCUUGGAUCGAACGAACGUUGCGAACGCGCGUGUGGCAGGAUUACAGACUGACCUCAAGAUGACGAACAAGGAGUAUAGCAUUGCGUUAACGGUGACUUAUGUGCCGUAUAUUGUCGCUGAACUUCCCUCGAAUCUAUUGCUUAAGGCGGUGGGGCCUAAUCUCAUGCUGCCAACAAUGUUGACUCUCUGGGGAAUUGUCACCACGCUGCAAGGUGUUGUCAAAACGUAUUCAGGUCUUCUCGCAUGUCGGUUCUUUCUAGGUCUCCUGGAGGGCGGCGUGUUCCCCGGACUAGUGCUUUAUCUGUCGUACUUCUAUCCUCGGUAUAAGAUGAAUUUGCGCGUAACAGCGUUCUUCGCCUCUGCCUCUCUCUCUGGCGCAUUCUCCGGAAUCCUUGCCUAUGGCAUCAUCCACAUGGACGGCGUCGGUAAUCGGCCAGGCUGGUCGUGGAUAUUCAUACUGGAAGGCCUAUUCACAUUCCUCUUCGGUCUAUCCUCGUACUUUACUCUCCCUCGAUCCGUCGACAAGACGUGGUUCUUUACCCAAGAAGAAAAAGACUAUGUUAACGCUAAACUACUCUCCGAUAAUGCACAGAAAGAUGAAGAUGGGUUCAGUUGGAAGGAGGUUCUGGAAGCGUUGAAGCUUCCGCAACUUUGGUUCUGUAAUAUCGCGUUUUUCUGCUCGGGGACGAUCUUGUAUGGGCUGGCUUACUUUUCACCAUCAAUUAUUCAAAGUCUUGGCUACACAGCGGCUAACGCACAGUUAAUGUCUGUUCCACCAUUCGCUGUAGCAUGCGUCGUAUCCGUAAUCGCGUCUUUCAUCUCUGACCGCUACCGAUGUCGUGGAAUCGUCUCUAUCGUUUCGGUCAUCUUCUGUGCCAUUGGUUUUGCGAUGUUCCUAGGGUCUAAAUCAACCCACGUCCAAUACGGCUCCCUCUUCUUCUCCAUUACCGGUGCCUACACCGUUGCCCCCACCGGGUCAGCAUGGAACGCUAAUAACGCUUCCCCUCAAACUCGCCGCGCGACCGUCAUCGCAUUUGGUUUCGUUAUGACUAACUCUGGUGGAAUACUCGCGACUUGGCUCUUAGGCUCGCUCAGUCCCGCGCCGAGGUACACGAAGGCAACGAUAACCCUCCUGGUGCUGAGCAUCGUCGCGAUGGUAUUCUGCACGGCGAACUUAUGCUAUUUGUGGUCGCAGAAUAAAAAGAAGGCGGAGAAGAGGAUGACGAUGGUGAGUAGGGAGGAGGAGAAGCAGGGGUUGGGGAAUCAUAGUGCAUGGUAUAUCUACAAUUUGUGA